AUCGAACGAAGGUUCCUCAACUCCAUCGACAAGUACAGAAGCUAUUAUGUCUUCCAAAAUACACGAUCUGGAACUCCAGGUGACUGCACUGAAAAAGACGAUAAAGAAGUACGAGAAAGCGAGACCGAAAGAAGACAAAGAACUCGUGGAAAGAAAAAUGUACGAGUUACUGGGAAAAAUAUUCAGUCAAGGACAAAUACGGAUGAUAUUGAAUCCCUCACUAUGUAAGAUGAAAUGGUCUUCCGAAGAUAUUACACACGCGAUAUCCUUGCGAUGUGUCAGCCCAAAGGCAUAUCGUUAUAUGAAGCAUGUUCUGCAAAUACCACUUCCAGGCCUUUCAACAUUAAGAAGGUGGGCAAGUACAAUCGAUGUUGAACCGGGUAUACUCUUCUCUGUGCUCCAUUGCAUGAUU